AUGGCGUCGGUAGCCAUUUCCACGGCGCUGAAGAAAAUAACAGAAUUAAGGGUUGUUGACCUUAAAUCCGAGCUUAAACGACGAAAUUUGGAUACAUCGGGUAUUAAAAGUGUGCUACUCGCCAGAUUGAAGCAGGCUAUCGAGAGUGAAGAUGCAGAAACGGGCAGUGUGAAGAUACUAUCUCCAGUAAGCACACCUACUCGUAAGAUUGGAAAAGGCAAAGGAAGAAAAAUUGAUUCAGAUUUGGACACUACUGCGGAAGAUGAUAUGCCUUCUAGGGAGACGGAGGGAUACGAGUCUGAGAAAGAUGUAACAGAUACAGAUGAUGGUACACAAGAAAAUUGUAACCCUGCGCUCUGCGAGGAGAAUUCUUCUCAGCCUGAGCCCGAACCCGAGGCAACUGCCGAACCCGAGGCUGAACUGGAGACGGCAGGCGCGGUCGCCGAGGCCGAUUCAGAGCCGGAGGUGGCAGACGCUGACACUGACGCUGAGCAAGAGGUGGAUGCGGAUGUCGAGCAAGAGGCUGAGGGAGACUGCGAGCCACAAGUUGACGACGAGGCGGACGGCGAGCCGCAAGUCGACGACGAGGCGGACGGCGAGCCGCAAGUCGACGACGAGGCGGACGGCGAGCCUGAAAUUGAGUCUGAAGAUGAGAUGGCUGCUGAAGCCAUGGAUUCCUCAAAAGAAGCCGAGGACGAUCACCUGUCUGUGUCGAUCCAAAACGAAGACGCCAUCACCUUAGAUGUUGAUGGCGACGAUCUUCUGGACACAGGUAAACAUGUGAAACUUCCAGAUUCAGAGGCUGACAAGGGCAACGAUGAGCCUGAGGCCUCUGCCGAGAUGAGCACGGAUGAUGACAUGAAAGCGGAAGACAAAGAUGGUAAGCAAGAUGACGGAGCCUGGGACGAGCCCUCAGUGGACUGCAGAGAGGCCACGAAGAAACCUGAAGCCGGAGAUAACGAAAAGGAUUCUGGGAAGAAAGGCCCCUCGUCUACUGGGGUAUCUGGUCAAGCAAAGAGCUCUUCAAGAGACAGAGAUGGAAAAGCUGCAAAGGACAAGGCAGUGGUCGGCGGCAGCAGCAGUAUCAGCUCACCUAAUAGUGUUUGGGUGAGCGGCCUGUCCCUCAACACGAAAGCAGCAGAUCUGAAGAACCUCUUUGGCAAAUACGGCAAGGUUUUAAGUGCAAAAGUCCUAACAAAUGCCCGCAGUCCUGGUUCAAAGUGCUACGGCCUGGUGACCAUGUCUUCCACUGCAGAGGUGACUCGUUGCAUCUCUCAGCUGGACUGCACUGAGCUUGAUGGACAACAAAUAUAUGUAGAAUGCGGCAAAAAUGUCCCCUUCACAAAAGAAUCCUCAAAGAAUGAAUCGGAUGACAAAGCAAGUACCAGCAAGUCAAGUGAAAAGCGCAGUUCCUCAGGGACAAAGUUGUCUAACAAAUCGCAGCAACCUUACAAGAAAGAUGAAAAAUCUGGGGAGAAGGACAAAGAUUCAUCCAAGGAUACCAAAAGUAGCAAAUCUGAUUCCGGGUCAAGGAGUCCAGGUGGUACGGCACAGGGAAAUCAAACCAAAGGAAAGUCAGAUUUUCUCAAAACAAGACCUUUCAGGAAGACGAGAUAUGUUGAGAAGCCAUUUAUUCAAAUGCCCAUGCAAAAAAGACCCAAAUGGCUGAUACCCCCUGAAGAGUUGGAGAUGAUUAAAAAUAAACAGCGCUUCCUCAAUAAAGGAGGUGAAUUUAUUCCAUUUGCGAAGAUAAAGGAGCAGAGAAUGCGUGAACGGAAUGAGCGUGCCCGUAGAGCCACGGAGAUGCGCAGACAACGCGAAAUGAUAGAACAGGCACGCCGCGCGCGGGAGUGCGAAGAGCGUGAGAACCUCUUUCGUGAACGCCAGAGACUGGAGAUGGAAAGACAGAAGCUGGAGAGGGAGCGCUUUGAGAGAGAGAAGCUUGAAAGGGAGAGAAUCAGAAUUGAACAAGAGCGGCGGAAAGAAGCAGAACACAUAGCACGCCAGCAGGAGAUCAGACGACAGCAGGAACAUCUCCGCUGUGAGCAAGAGAAGAGAAACCUCAAAAGAGGCCGUGAUGUGGAACAAGGCCGGCGAGACAACACAUACUGGAACGGCAACAAGAAGAUCCAAUCAGAUGUGUCUGAACCUCGUCUCAACCAAGGCGGCAACUUCAACCAGCAGCAGAACCGCUUCUCCAACUUCAACAACCGCCAGAGGGGACGAUUCCCGCAGGCCGCCGUCCAGCAGGCCAACACGUUUGAUAGACGCAACCGGUUUGACGGUGAGCCGGAAGCAAAGAAAAGCAGGCCCUCUCCUCAGCGAGACGGCGCCAGCUUCGAGCGUUACCCCAAGAACUUUGAAGGGGUACGCCGGGCCGAACCUUCGCGCACCAACCUCCGCGACACAGAUCGCAGAGAUCGAGACGAGAGGCGACCCAUUCAGAUGCAAAAUCGGCCGAUGGGAGCCAGGAUGUCUGGCGUAACCCAAAUGCGCUCUCCCAGGGACGGAGGCAACGCCUGGAAGAACAAUGGCGGCAUGAACGCAAAUAAGGAUGAGUUACGAGGAGCCAUCCGCAUUCGUGCAGACCGAUCGGGCCGAGACGGGCCGGGUCCCGUUCUUAGAGGGGGUUCUUCAACUAGCCGAGGAAGAGGCUCUUUUAAUGAUCGGGAUGGAGGAAGAGCCAUGGUGAUGAAUGACCAGGCUUUCAACUCUGGUCGCCGGGUAGUGGUGGAGCGUCACGGUAGAGAGCAGGGAAUGAGAAAGGAGUGGCAAGGUGGCUCAAGUUCCCGAGGAGGAGGAAGUGGCGGAGGAGGCUACAACAACCGCAGGAUGAGCGACAGUCGCGGAAGCUUGAUGUCUCAGUCUUCAGGUCACUCAUCUGGUAUGAGUCGCAUCGUCCAAAUCACCAACAGUUCCGUUCCCAGCGGCGGCAACACUGGCGGCUUCAAGCCUUUCAAAGGAACGCGGCAGUUCUAA